UGCAGACUGCACAGCAGUUGACGGCUGUCUCUGCCGCCGCAGCUUGGUCAAUCAUUAACCCCCAUGCCUUCUACAGAUGCGGGAGAGAAAGACGCAACGCCAGUGGUGGAAAUCAAGCGUCUGGACCCGGGCGUCGUCAACAGGACGCGCGAGUAUCCAGGUCUGCCCAGAGGAACAAAUGUUCUUGUCACCGCAGGAGGCGCCGUCUCCGCAGCAACCGUAUCCCUGCUCGAGUCUGCCGGGUGCACUGUGACGGUCCUAGGCGUCGCUCGUGCCGCAUCUGCCCCACCAAACUGCAACCUUAUCGAGGGAAGCGCGUUGAGUAGAGAAUCCUGUGCUAUCGCGGUCGCUGGUCAGGACGUGGUGGUGCAUGCCGGUAGGCCUUCCAGUCCAAGAGCGGUAGCGGAAGCGACGAAAAACCUGCUCCAGGCCGCGGCUGCGGCAAGCGUUAAGGGUUUCGUCUACGCGAGCUCCGCCAGCGUGUUGUUUGGAGGACAAGACCUGAAACAAAUUUCAGAGGACGCGCCGUAUCCCAGCCGUUUCGCCGACCCAUCCGCAGCCUACAUCGCCGAGGCAGAGAAGGCGGUACUCGAGGCCAACGCUGACAGUAGCAGAAGUAGCACAAUGCUGACGUGCAGUGUCCGAGCGGCCCCCUCGUACGGUGCGGCGGACGAAGGAGAAGAGGCUUCCUCGGAGGACCGCCUAAUUCCCGGGUUGGCCUUCCGCGCCAGGGCAGGGGUCCGUCCCGUGGGCGACGGGAACAACGCGGUGGAUUUCGUCUACGCUGGCAACGUGGCGCAUGCGCUGCUCCUGGCGGCGCAGUCUAUGCUGCAGGCGUCUUUAGCAACGGCAGCAACACCGCCGCCGCCGCCGCCGGCUGUGGCGGGACGGGCGUUCCACGUUACGGACAUGGAACCGGUUCCGUACGGAGAGUUCGCCGCCCGCGCCCUCUCCCGCCUGGGUUACCCCGACGGCGCUGGGUCGGGAGGGAUGUCGGUGCUGCUCGCGACCGCCCUGGCGCUUUUGCUCCGGGUGCUGGCGCUUGUCGUGUCGCCCGUCUUCGAGUUCCGGCCGGCGUUGACGGCCCUACGGGUUGCGGAGGAGAGCGCGGUUCGAAGGCUGGACACUUCGAGAGCGAGGGAGGGCCUCGGGUACACGCCACUGUGGAGUCAAGAGGAGGGUUUGGACAUCACCUUGCACGGAGCAACGGCGCUCAGGAAUCCCAGGGCCAAGUUAAAGCACAUCGGGCCUUUUACGGCUGAGGAGGUAGCUCGUCACUCCUCCGAAGACGACGCGUGGAUCAUUGUCGAUGGAAAGGUGUACGACGUUACCUCGUACCUCCAUCAGCACCCGGGCGGCGACGCAAUACUCAGAAACGCCGGGGGGGAUUCGACCGAGGGGAUGCACGGCCCGCAACACCCGCCAUCGGCUAUGGAAAUCCUCCAGACGCUUUACAUCGGGCUGUUGGAAGCGUAGCUUAUGGUUCGGGAGGAGGGGACGAGUUUUGAUGCUGGGGAGGUUGCAUAAGAACAUUCUGCUGUGAUAGUUGCUGUCGUGUUUGUUGUUUGCCCCUGGAAACGGGCGCGUCGAUAGGGGGCAUUUUGGGGGAUUCCGUAUACCCACGACGGCAGUCGCCCGUGUUGUUUAGCUGUUGAACAGUAGUGUGUCGUUUCCAACGCAGUCAGCAUAGGUGUAAUCUUUACCAGAUGUUGUGUUCGCGCGUGAUUGUCGAGCAGACGAACGAGGAGAACGCACAACGCGGAAUGCUGGUGACAACACGGAAGGAAUACUUGUGACACAAUGACAUGACAGUUGGUUUCAUCAUGUUCUUU